UUGAUAGAAUUGAUUGCAAUCAAAAUAGUGAAAAUAGAAGUACCAGAAAUAAUACAGUACGGUUUGCAAGACGCUGUGAUUCUAGACUGUGACUAUACUUAUGGUAACAACACAUCGGGACUGGUAGUGAAGUGGUUUUUCAGAAACAAGGCUAGACCUGUCUACCAAUGGAUCGUGUCGCAAAAGCCACAGGACAUGGGGAUAUUGAGAGGACGUGUUGACUUGGCCUACAGAGCAUCAAGCGAUCCAUUAAAAAUGCACAGAGCACUCCGCAUAGUGAAGCCCGACACCGACAUCUCUGGUGAUUACACGUGUGUCGUUUCAACAUUCAUGGAAGAGGAUUCAAGAACUAAGCAAAUGAUUGUUUUUGGGAAAACUAUAAAAACUAGGAUAAUCGAACAUCUGGAGUACCUGGUGACCCUGAUUAGAAAACACAAGAGCCCAACCAAACUAUUAGAAGAGAUCGACAUACCGCCUUUACAAAAAAAUAUUCAACUUGGUGGGCCGCUUCAUUUGAUGUCAAAAAUCGAAGGUCUAAAGUAUCUGAUGAAGAACCCUCAGCUGGUCUCAGCUGUAUUAGAGAUAUGGUAA